AUGACCGCUUCAGACCAACAGGGGAAAUGUCCUGUCGACGAGGAAACCAGGCAGCUGUGGCUGCGAGAACACACUAAAGAAUCAGUUCCGGGGGGCCCGGUCCCGCCCAGUGAGCUGGAGUGUUCUGCAAACCCGCAACUGAACGAUAAGGACCCUCAGUAUGUUACCGACGUGGGGUUGUCGCAGUCCAGAGAGGUCUCCACCAUUCCAAGAACCGACUCCGAUAAAAACUGGAUAUACCCUUCGGAAAAGCAAUUCUACGAGGCCAUGAUGAAGAAAAACUGGGACCCGAACUCAAACGAUAUGAAGGUCGUCGUGCCACUGCACAACUCCAUCAACGAGCGGGUCUGGAACUACAUCAGAAGCUGGGAGGACAAGCAAGGUGGCGAAGCGUGCGGCGGUAUCAAACUGUCUAAUUUCAAAGGCGAUUCCAAAAAACUUACGCCAAGAGCUUGGUUUAGAUCGCGUAUCUUGCAUCUGGCCAAGCCAUUUGAUAGACACGACUGGCAAAUUGACAGAUGUGGCAAGACUAUAGAUUACGUGAUCGACUUUUAUUCAAACGACCAAAACGCCCCCGAGCAGCAGCAGCCACUUAUUUAUCUGGACGUCAGACCGAAACUGAACAGUUUUGAAGGCUUUAGGCUGAGGUUUUGGAAAUAUCUGGGCUUUUGA